CUCCGCCACUGCAGAAUGUUUAAGAAACUCACCAAAUUCAUCGCAAAAGAAAUUGAUCCAAAUAAAAAAUUGCUUCCUGUCGAGAGCAUCGCAGACAAUGAGCACUUCAGACCACUCUGUCUACUGACAAAAAAGAGAAAACCAGAAACAAGAUUCCACCAAGCUCCCUAUUACCAGCAGACAGGAUUCACACUGCAGGAUGUGCUGCUGCCUGGAGAAGAUGGUGAAAGCAUAGAGUCUCUCCUUGAAGAUUCUAUCAACGUGACUCUCAUAAUAACCAGCACAGACCAAGCUGAUGGAAGUUUCAGCAUUUCAUUUGACCCUGCAAGUGUAGAUCUGAAAGGAGGUGCCUCCUUGUCCAAGGCAUUUUCUGUCAAGCCACAGAAGAAGAAGUUAUCACAGCAGUCCCUGGAGGCAUUGGCAAAAAAAAGGAAAAUCAACAUGGAUCAUUCCUUCAUCCGACAACUCCAGAGAACAGACAUCGAUCUGUACGUGGUCAUUGAAAUCCUCGAAGCCUCAGAGGAGACUGUCUACGAGAAAUCCACCAAGGCAGACGGGGGCUUCAAGGCCAAAUUUUACGCCACAUUCUCUGCAAAGGGCAACAGAGAGAAGAACCAAACCAUAGUCAUACCCAAGGGCUGCACCUUGGUUUUCAAGACCAUGCUGCUACACAUUAGAGAUGGAGAAUGGGAUUUGGUCUCAGUCCCGUUUGCAGUUCAAUCAAUGGGAAAAUUACAUGAAGUGGUGAGAGAAGUGGAAUACCGCUGUCAAAUUUUCUCCAGCUUGUCUCCUGAUCUCCUGCUCAUUGUCUUCAACACCAUCAAAGCUGUCAUGAGAGACAAGAACCUCCUUCAAGAGCUCAGCCAGAAAAUGGAAGAUAUUCCUGAGCAAAAGGAUGGGUAUGAGCUGAAAACUGAGAGCCCAGACUUAAAAGAUCUGUUCAGCAUCUUACAGCAUUCUGCAAGAGAUUGUCUCCUUCUGUUUGCAGGAGGAAUCACCUACAUCCUUGAUGCUUUGCAUGAGUUAAUGGAUGAACAGCUGCUGCUGCUGCUGGAAUCCUUGGAGAGGAAGAUUCUGUCCCAACAGCUGAACCUGGUUGCACAGCUACUGAAACAUGACCUGGAGGAUAAGAUGUGUAAUUUCCAAGUGGAUGCCAGGCUGCUAUCCUUCCCACACAAGGAGGAACAGAUGUUAACUAUGGAACUGGUGGAGCUGAGUGGAGUGCCGCUCCAGGAAGAUGGAUCAGCUGUCCCUAGGGAUCAACCCUUCGAGGCUGUGGCAGCCCUGUUUGUGGCUUUGUACUUCCUGAAUGGCUUGAGUAAGAUCUGCCUCGCCUUGUCCAGGGAAACUCUCGGUAAAGAAUCAGGAAAUCCCUGCUGAUCAACCAGGUUUCUCUUCCGAUAUCAGCUUGUUAAUUCUCAAGGCUGCUUUG